AUGCAGGUGCUCUCGUCUCCUCAGCCCUUCUUUGGCCAUCUUUCAAGCACGGCAAGAACGACCAACCCCGCUCCGAAUCUUGAAGACCGCCCUGAAAGAGCUGAACUAGAAAGUGCCAUCAACUCUCUCACCGACCAAGACCUUGCUGCUCUUGCUGCUCAGCAACCUCGACGCAACCUCCGAACACGCAAAGCCAUCCAGCUGCAUCCAUAUCUCAUAGAAGUUGAACAAUACCGCCGCUCUUUGAAAGCUCGGGGACUUCGUCCGAUCCACGUCGCUACCAGUAGUCAACGACCAAGAGACCAAGAUGAUUCACAAGAUGCCGAGUUCCUUCAAGAAGAGAGUAAACCACCUCGUCGUCCAGCACAAGAGACUCAAGAGUCGACGCCACCAGACUCUUCUGCCUCUCCUUUACGUCAACAACCUCUACAUCUCGACCCCGACCUCAUGGACGAUGACGAUGACUUCCCUGACCUUGAUGAUGCCGUUCGCAGACAUGUGAUGGGUGGUACUCAGAUAGGCCACAAGCGCCGCAAGACGUUGCAGACUCCUCACAAUGCACUCAAUACCCGCCCUCCGCCUUCUUCUACUGCCGAUCUUUUACCGCCCUCUCCUCCGAGAACGUCCAGUUCCUCCAACUUGGAGCCUACACCUGCCGGUCCACCUCGCUUCAGGCUUCCACACGGUCUGACUCCUGCCGCCGUACCAACACCGCUCCCCUCUUCACCUGAGAGACCGACCUCAAUGUCAGCGAGACGUCCUCGCCAAGUUGUUAUAUCCUCUGAUGAUGAAGUUGCCAGUGAGAACGACGUUGCUGCAAACAAGAGUUCCUCGGAGGAGUCAGGGCAUGACGACCGGCAACUCUUGCGCAUGCGAAGGAAGAUCCGAGGUGUGUUGCCCGCAUCGUACCUCAAGCUGGACAGACAAGCUCGGCCACGGUCACCGUCUCCUGCAAUCACAGAGGCUCAGACGGAGACACCACGGCCCACUGCUCCUGUGAGAGGUGUGGCUCAACGAAGACUCACUAGUCGCUCUGCCACACUAGCGCGUCAGAACAGCUAUGUCGUCUUCUCUGACAACUCGGGAUCUGAGAGCUCGGCUGGAGAACGUCCUGCUUCACGUCUGCUCCAAACUAGGCUGCCGUCACCUAUUACCAACAGACCUUCCGUCCAACGCCCUCAACUCUUGGAAUUUGAUGAACAUGACGAGAUCGAUGCCAUGUUCCCAGCCGAAGAGAGAGCACACUUCAGACUGCCAAAAUCCCGAAAGAAGCAGUCCAGAGUUACCGACAUCUUCUCAAGUGAGCAGAAUCGGUCAAAACAAUCUCGCACUGGUCACAAGCAGACAGCCUCUGGACCUUCAGCAGCCCGCAAGGCCAAGCCACAUGCUCAAUCAGGCUCCAAGGGGAGGAAGAAGGCUCCAGCAAAGAAGCCAGUGCAACUUAGCAUUCUAGAUGCCACCGCCAAUCCCGUACCAACGUCCCCUCAAGCAGUCGCUCGGCCCCAAUUCGUUCGCCUAGCUGCUAGACAGGCUCGCCAUCGAUCCGAUCAUGGCAGACACAGUCCAACCAACAAAGAUAUCCGGCUGGCGACAAGAGAAGACACGCAAGACGCGCUCGAACCGUUGAUCUCGUGGCGGACAGGCAAUUUCGGCCGCAGUUAUAUCCCUCCUAUACGCCGACCUGCACGCUCGGUCAGUAGUGUGGCUGAUGUUCUGAACGCAAGUGAACCUGAAGCCUCGAAACCCGGAUCACGCUCUCCUGAGCAUCGUCCGAUAGUUCGAAGACCCGGUGAACCGCGGCCAAAUCUAUUCGCCAAACUGGCACAAGCCAAAAAGCCACGAAUGAGGGACUUUGAAACACGAAAACGCAAUGCUCGAAACACUGUCUUGCAGAAUCAACGAAAGAUGCUCGAACGCGAUUAUCGUAUGCGGCCUGCUCAGAUCGAGACCAUAGCUCAGACUAGUAAUCGUGACUUGGACCCUCUCACCUUUGCAGCUCCUCCAUCUCGAUUGAUGGAAAUCUUUUCUCGAGAUAGAGGGGAACAAUCGGCCUCGAAGUUUCGUCUUGAGCGCUUCUUGAAGGAUAAAGAACCUUCCGCAGAGAGUGCUGCUCCAGCCCAGAUGCAAGAGCUGGACACGGACAUGACCGGUACUGGUGACGUUCAAAUCCCCCACCGAGCCCGCAAAAGAUUCGCUCGCCGUUUCGAUGUCGAGACCGCUCAAUUUCGGCAACCAGAUGAGCCAUUGCCUGUCGAUGUUGUUUCAGUGCCGAAUGCAGAGCCGGAACCUGUUUCUGCAGAUGCACCUCCUAUGGCCGAGAUACUUCAAGGCCUUGGGCCAUUCGGUACACGAUACCCCACAGACUUUGAUAUAAGGCCUCUCGAACUUGGCACUUACUUUGCCGCCAGCACAUUCGUAGGUAGUGGAGACUUCAAUGAUUGCUUAACGUUGCGUAACCGUGACCUUGACCUUCCGGCUGGUCGAAUCACAGUUGAGGUUACAGGUCGCUCGCUUCAAUGGAGUGCCUGGGACGAGGACGUCUCUACCGGACUUAGUGAGGUCCUUGCUGCUUGUACAGAAGACCUCCAUGCUGUAGGCGAAUUUGAAGGUCACGAGAUGCGAAGGUCUGCUAUGGACGACACCACGGCAAGGUUUGGCUACUUCUUGCGAUCAGUCGUAAGAUACAUUUCCGGAUGUCUUCACUUCCUCGACUCUAUCGAUCGACCUGCUGGGUUGAACCGCAUCUCUUGCUUUGUCAAUGACUUCCUGGAUAUGGUCAAAUCAGAGACAAACCUCCUCAUGUCACAUGCAGAUAUACAAGCAGAUGUUGAAAGACUCAUUGUGGACUCGACACUAUACUUGCUCUGCAUAUCUGCACAAUGCGUACGGAUAUCACAACAUCCCGCUGUGGAUCACAGGACUCAAGAAGCUCUUUCGGACAAAUGUGUUCAACUGAGCAGAAAGCUGAUCCCAGUCGCUCUGCCACCUAGAUUUACAAGACUGCGCGAGUUUCUGGAAUUGUCUCGACAACAUACUGAACGCGACGCUGGUAUCCAAGAACAAGAUCUGGCUGUCAAAUCUGUUGUGACCAUCAAUCACGUUCUCAAGGCAAUUGAUGCAUCUGCCAAGCUUCCCGAAAUCUUGACUGCUUAUCUGGAUUGUACAAUCAGCAAGACUUGCAAUAUACAUUCGCUCGACCAGAUCUGGUAUGAUGUCUUCUCGGUACAACCCCUUCUCGAGAUAGAUGCAAAAGGCAUCUAUCGUCCCAAGUCACGCUUUCAAGCAGGCAACGACGGUUGGGAACUCGUCAAGUCAUUGCUGCAGCGCACAUUUGAGCUCUACCCUGCAACAAGCAAGCUGCGAAAGCCGACACUCAAUGACUACGUUCGAGCAUGUCUGAUUAGAGUGCAUCACCUGAUCGUUCACUGGGGUUGGCAUCGAUGCGAAACUGCUCUUAGUACGAUAUACGAUUUCUUCGCCCGACACAACCUCUCCCAACUUCGUAAUGAAGAAGGCAAAGGCUCACCCCAUUUCCUUGAGGAUCUCGACAAGAAUCCGGAAAUUGCGCUCGAUCCGUCGGAUUGCGCUUUCCACAUAUUCCUCAAGCUGAUCGUGAUCGGGUUGCGAGGUUUGCAAGAAGCGCUUCCGAAGAACAAAGUCCGCGGCUUUGCUUGGAGGUUCAUCCCCAAUCAUGGCCGCACGUAUCGAAAAGACCAAGAAGUGACGCACGACGCCCUUGACGCCUUGCGCAAUCACCACGACUUGCUCUGUACUCUUUACUGGGUGAUGCCUCCGGGAUGUGGACCUCGUUUGCAGAUGAUCAAAGAUCUGGUAGAUCAUGAAAACUCGCAUCGUGAAGCCUGUCGCCUCAGUGUUCAUGCUUGGAGCAUGCUUGCUCGCUAUCAACUUUCGCAAGCUGAACCCUUCAAAGACUCAGAUGUACUAGCGUCGUGGUUCAAGGACAUGGCCACUAUCGCUUCAUCUCAAUACAGACUUGCAAGGUCGGAAGCUGAGGCAGAGUAUGCUUCUGAGAAAUCCAAGGGAUCGUUCGACAUUUCACCUGACAUGCUGGAGACCAUCAUCACUACCAACCAACGAAGCAUUUUUGCUAUCCUGCAAGAUCUACUCUUGGCAAUGCGCAACUCCGUUAAGACCGCAAACUCGUGGCUUCCAGUCCGCCAUGUCUUCGAACAGUCGAAUGUGAUUGAGGUGCUGAGGAUAUAUGACAUCAAUCAGCCGAGACUUUCUGUCGCCAUUGUUCAGGCACUUGAGAUCGUGGAGGAGCUGCUGCUCACUAGGAAUAGGCUUAUCAAGCCGGUGCCACAAGAGAGUCAGCCAGGUAGUGAUGACAGUCAGGACUAUGGUGACUGGUCUUUCAUGGAUCAAGUUGUCGAGCAGGAGCCAGAAACUUCAGCAGCAAAAACAUCAGAGGUAGCCUUCCUUCAGGAACCCCUCGGCGAACUCAUGUCCACGUGCUUCGGUUCUGAGAAGAGUCCUGACGACGCAUUGUUGAAGAAGAUUGUCGACGUCUGGACCACCACUGCUCAGCAAUCUGUACGAGAUGGCUCUCAUGACUGGUCAAAUUUCUUGGACACCUACAGCACAACUUCGUGGUUCCAACUUCGAGACACGGAACAAAGACACAAGUACACUUGCUACUUCCUUGCUUCUGUCAUCAAAGGCGACAAGUCAAGUCUCAACGACCAUCGCAAUCUGUUUAUGAAAGCAUGGUUCGUGUCGUUAAUGGAGCGCGAGUCCAUGCUCAAGUUCCAGCAUCGGCUUACAGCAAGCCUUUUGGAGAGAGCAACGUCAGAGCCUCUUCUGAACAACCUGCCGUUUGCAGCCAACCCCGAGACUGGAGAGUACCGUGUCACCUUGAGUGAACUCCGUCAGAGGCGCACUAGCCUGAUCAGCAGUGUACUGUCAAAUAUGCAUGCUUCUCUGACUCUCGACUUUCCUUCAACCAUCUCGGAACGGAAGAGAGAAUAUGUGGAUAUGCUCAAGGCUGCUAUGCAACACAUGCGACAAACAUACGAGCAACUUCAAGACUUCUCUGGCCGGCUUGGUGGGUCAUCUCACUCCGAGCUCGAAGGAGCGUACGUCAAAUUCGUCCAACAAGUCAUCUCGUCGAUGCAACAAUACACUUCUGAGAUCUGUCCCGUCGAUCCGUUCUUUGUGGACUCGACUGCUUUCCCGCUCCCGCACGAAGACCCAACGUACGUCAUCUCAAGACUCAAGAGCUACGUAUUCAAGCUGGGAGAUGGUCGGGCUCGCAAGCAGCUGGCUGUCUUUGUGCAAACAGUGAGCGAACGAGCUGCGUCGGAUGGUCAGCAGAAGUAUCUUGAAAAGCAAAUGUACGAAGCUCUCGCUGGCAAACCAUCCCGGGGGCUCAGGAACGUCAUGGUCACGGCUUUGCUACCUGCCUACAUCUCAUGUACAAACACCUCAUCACGCGGUUGGGUUUUGGCAACACCGCUCGUCGAUGCCAUGUCUGUGGUCUUUGAUAAUAUGACAUGUGACCUCGAGCUUUGUGACCAGGAAGGUGUGGAUGCGGACGUUGGCGCCGUCACCUCAGUGCUCGCCACGGCGUACAAUUGGGCCAUCACAGUCACUCUCGAACCUGCGACGCUCAACGCUGGACUUCUACGCCUAUUCUCAGCCAUGUUCGGACUUGUAGAAAAUAGUCUGACAUUCAUCGAGUACGUGAAUCGUGUCACAGGCAGAGCAAAUCAAGCUAUCGAACUGUUUUGCAGCUUCAGGACCUUGGCAGACAAAUUCGUCAUGCAGAUCACAAGACCAUCUGCGUCUCCAUUAGAUCCUGAUGAGAUGCAGGACGACGAGUUCAAGAAGUCUGAAAAUAUGGCAUGCGCUUGGCAAGACACACUAGACUUUGCCACGCGUAGUCUAUCCGAAGCACUGAGUCGAUAUCCACAAAAGGAAUGGACGACUGAUCUCCAAAGCUUCGAGGCCGAAAAGACGAGACUGGUGGAUGCGGUUGAGAUGUUCAGAGGCAGUUAUUCGCGUGUCUUGGGUGUGCGAGAUGAUGUAGUUUCAGCUAUCGUUGAUGAGGAUGAGAACGGUGGUGAUGAUGAAGAAGGAGACAGGCAAAAGCAGGAAAUGCAGAGGGCUAGGCUUGAUGAUGUUAUGAGACGAAUGGAAGGCUUGGGAUGGCAUGGGUUGAUGUAGAUGGCUCUUGCUAGAUGGGAAG